AUGGAGCCGGGCUCAGAUGAGGACCAUCAUCUCUGGGCUGCAAACCUCGGCUCACCACUCAACGAGUCACCCGACUCCUCCACCAACCCGGGUUCCAGCAUCUCGGGACAAGAGUCCAGCAAAACACUCCCGCCCCUGCGCGAGAUCCUCCCUUCAAUAGAAGACUACUUCCAGUACUCGAACCAAGUCCUCCCGCUGUUUGAGCGAGAAAGCUUCAUCAAGAUGUUGCGCGGUUGGUACGCGUAUCCAGCGCACCGCAAACCGGACGUCUGGGCCGUCAUCAACGUCGUCCUGGCCCUCGCGCAUCGGCAUUCUUAUGCGUCCAGCUACGAAGAGACGCAGAACAUGCAGCGGUACAUCAACAAUGUUCAAUCAGUUCUAAACAAAUUGAUCAUCAACGAGCCGAGUAUGCUAGUCCUGCAGACUCUGCUUGGACUGGUUCUUGUUUUCCAUGGCUCGUCGGACCAGGGCCCGGCGUCGAUACUCAUAGCGACUGCUAUGAGACUAUGUCAGUGUCUCAGACUUCCCACAAAGUCCACGGGUCAGGACUUCGAGCCGGCUGAAGCUCUUCAGAGGAGUCGCGUCUUUUGGAUCGCCUUCAUUCUGGACCGCGACCUGUCCAUGAGAACAGCGCAGCCACCUAUCCAUCAAGAUUCGGACAUCGACCUGGAUCUCCCGUCUCAAAAUCCUCCGGAUGAUGCAGGUCUGAUUUUGGGCUUUUCGGGGCAAAAGUUCAACUACUUCCGCAGUUCCGUUCAGCUCGCCUACAUCCAGGGGAAGCUAUACCAUAUGCUCCUCUCCGUUCGUGCGCUCAAGCUUACAGAACACGAGCGCAGUCAGAACAUGAUUUGUCUCCGAGCAAUGCUGGAAAAUUGGCAGAGCUCGAUACCUAUCGAAUUCCAGCCGGAGCUAGCAGCAGCCACCGUAGCCACGGAGUACCUCCGAUACAUAUGUCUGCUAUACUACACCCACCUGCAGCUCAUUUCGACGACGCAUUACGCUGACUCGCACCACCUCGAGUGGCUCCAGGAGCUGCUCAAUUGUAGUAAAGGGCAGGUUCCGGCUGCGCGGUCUGACUUGACCACGCGGCUUCCAAAUUGCUGGGACCAGCUUGUCACGAGGGCACGGAUUUGUAUGCACCUCUAUGCUGCGACACCUGAGAACGAUUCUGCUCUCACUUGGCUCGUGGCGUGUGGCUACUUGACGAGCAUCAUGUUCAUCUCGGUCAACAACUUGGCCUGUCCUGAGAACCCAUGUCGACUUACUGAUCAAAGUAACGUCGAAUCAGCCUUGCUACUCCUCGAGCGUCUCAUCAAGGCCACAGACGAUGGAAGGCUCAAGAGAAUCCACAGCGCUUGCAAGGAGAUCAACGAGAAGGCACGGCUCGUUGUCCCGUCAAGUAGACCAUAUGAUUUUUUACACUGCAUCGAUCCACCUGGACUCGAAUUCGGAGACGAGGACCCUCUUAAUGACGGCCGUUGGAGGCUGGAAGACGGCAGUUUCUGGAUCAUGGAUGGGAAUGGCGCAAUAUGA